AAAUGAGUAUAAAUGGGUGGAUAUGCAACGGAUAAGUAUUCACUUAUUUUAGUUGGUAUCAGAAUUAGACUUAAUUCUUAAUACAAUGUCAAGCCAAACACCCGACCUAUUACCCAAUAUAACAAGAAUUUCUUACUCAAACCUUUUUUUUUUUUUUUUAACUUCACAAAUUCAUAAAACAAAUACUAAUAUUCAUAUUUUUCAACAAUCAUUUACCCUUUCCAUGAACUCUUUAUAUUUUCAUGUCUAUUCACCUUAUCUAAGUACAAAGAAAACAUUAUUAAUAGUUUUAAUUAUAUAUAUAUAUUAUUCUAUGUACUUAAUUAGACAAUAAUUUUAUUGACCAAAAUAUAAUAACAACAUAUGUAAAUAGUCCAAGAAAUAGGCGGUUAAUUCCUAUAGCUUUAGAUGAACCAAAUUUCGUGGACACUCCAAAGCUUCCGCCAAAUUUUAAAAACAUGCAUCGCAGAGAGAGACCUCAUAACAGGCAAAUCACUCCAAGCACUCUACAUCAAGUCAUUCAUCGCACCUUCUACUUACCUCUCCAACCAUUUCAUCCUCCUCUACUCCAAAUGCGGCCGUCUCACCGCCGCCCGCAAGGCCUUUGACGCCACCAUAAACCCCAAUGUCUUUUCCUUCAACGCCAUCAUCGCCGCCUAUACCAAAGAAUCGCAGCCCCGCAUUGCCCACCAACUGUUCGACCAAAUUCCCCAACCAGACCUCGUCUCCUACAACACCCUCAUCGCUGGUUACGCCGACCGCGGCGACACUGUGCCUGCAAUUAGUUUGUUUAUGGGGAUGAGAGAGAUAGGUUUUGAAAUGGACGGGUUCACUUUUUCCGCUGCGAUCACUGCUUGCUGUGACGAUAUUGUUUUGAUGAGUCAGUUACAUUCGUUGGCGAUUUCGGGUGGGUAUGAUUCUUAUGUUUCGGUGAAUAAUUCCCUCGUAACGUAUUAUAGCAAGAAUGGGUAUUUGGAAGAGGCCAAGCGGAUUUUUUACGGGUUGGGUGAGAUUAGAGAUGAGGUUUCUUGGAAUUCUAUGAUUGUGGUGUAUGGGCAACACCGGGAAGGAAAGAAAGCACUGGCAUUGUAUCAGGAAAUGGUUCGUAGGGAGUUGAAUGUUGACAUGUUUACUUUGGCUAGUGUUUUGACUGCGUUCACGUGCUUGGAGGAUUUGUGUGGCGGGCAUCAAUUUCAUGCUCAUUUGAUCAAAACGGGAUUCCAUCAGAAUCCCCAUGUUGGCAGUGGUUUGAUUGAUUUGUAUUCGAAAUGUCGAGGUGGUAUGUCGGAUUGUAGGAAAGUAUUUCAAGAAAUUUCAGGUCCGGACUUGGUUCUUUGGAACACAAUGAUUUCUGGGUAUUCUCAAAAUGAAGAAUUCUCUGAAGAGGCACUAGAUUGUUUCAGACGGAUGCAACGUGCUGGUCACCGCCCCGAUGAUUGCAGUUUUGUUUGCGUGAUUAGUGCUUGCUCCAAUCUGACAUCCCCGUCUCAGGGAAAGCAGAUUCACUCCUUGGCACUCAAAUGUGAUAUUCCGUCAAACAGAAUCUCAGUGAAUAAUGCCCUGGUUGCAAUGUACUCGAAAUGUGGAAAUCUUCAAGAUGCAAGGCGGUUAUUUGAUAGGAUGCCAGAGCAUAACACGGUCUCUCUAAAUUCAAUGAUUGCCGCUUAUGCACAACAUGGGAUUGAAAUGCAGUCACUGCUUCUUUUUGAGCAGAUGCUUGUAAGGGAUAUUCCACCUACUAAUGUAACCUUCAUCUCUGUGCUUUCUGCGUGUGCACACACUGGAAAAGUUGAGGAAGGCCGGAAGUACUUCAAUAUGAUGAAAGAGAAAUUUGGGAUCAAACCAGAAGCAGAACAUUAUUCAUGCAUGAUUGACCUUUUGGGUAGAGCUGGCAAACUGAGUGAAGCCGAGAGGGUGAUUGAGACAAUGCCAUAUAAUCCUGGCUCAAUCAGUUGGGCAACGUUGCUUGCUGCUUGUAGAAAACAUGGAAACAUAGAGCUAGCUGUGAAGGCAGCCAACCAGUGUAUUCAACUGGAACCUUCAAAUGCUGCUCCAUAUGUCAUGCUUGCAAAUAUAUACUCCACUGCUGGCAGAUGGGAUGAGGUACAAACAGUUAGAAAACUUAUGCGAGAUGCAGGAGUGAAGAAGAAACCGGGUUGCAGUUGGAUUGAGGUGAAUAAGAGGGUACAUGUGUUUGUGGCUGAGGAUAGUUCACACCCGUUGAUAAAUGAGGUUUAUGAAUUCUUGGAGGAGAUGUUAAAGAAGAUGAAGCAAGCAGGCUAUAUGCCUGAUUUGAGAUGGGCUUUGCUCAGGGAUGAUGGGACAAGAGAAGGAGAAAGGGAGUUGAGAUUAGGACAUCACAGUGAAAAGCUUGCGGUUGCAUUUGGGCUGAUCUCGACUAAGGAAGGGGAACCGAUACUGGUGGUGAAGAACCUUAGGAUAUGCGGGGAUUGUCACAAUGCAAUCAAAUUUAUAUCUGCAAUUACCGGGAGAGAGAUUACUGUUAGGGAUGCCCACAGGUUUCAUUGCUUCAAGGAAGGGCAAUGUUCUUGCGGGGAUUACUGGUGAAAAUACAACCUGUCCCUAAAUUUUCACUCUUUUCCAUCAUUAGAAGAAGCAUGUCAAGGCUCUUGAGUCCGUGGAAUUCACAACUCCUGAAAACACUCUGUUGAGAAAUCUGCCUACUUCACUUUUGCCAAUUGUUAGCACUUGAACUACAAAAUAUAUUUACAUCAAUUUUCUUGAUCUUGCA